AUUGACAGCCCGAAAUCUGAUCUUGUGAAAGAGACGCGGAGCCAAUGGGAGGCAGCGAUCCAUCAGUUUGGAUUGGAGGCCCCUGGAGGAGAAGUAGAGGAAAAACCACCGAAUUGAGCUCUGUCAGAGGCGCUUUCGGCUUCCAAGGGGGAAGUGCUGGGCUAUAAUUAAUGUUUUUAUUAAAUUUGGAGGGAAGUUUUUGCAGCCUUUCGCCUAGCGUGGCCUUCAGUCCCGUUAGGUGCAAAGCAAGUCUCGUUGAUCGCCAUUGCUAGUUUUGCACACGUUUGCGAAUCAGAGCUGCCCGGGGUACACCGACCGCACAGGGAAACAUCGAGAGUGUAAAUAAAUACAUCGCCUCUUGUUCGGAUUUUUGCUACUACCGAAAAUAUGUAAAUUGUGAACUCUCUUGGCUCUCUUUGGAUCCAGGUUGAUAGAAGUCCAGAUCCUGAGGAAAUCUCCAGCUAAAUGCUCAAAAUAUAAAAUACUGAGCUGAGAUUUGCGAAGAGCAGCAGCAUGGAUGGAUUUUAUGACCAGCAAGUGCCUUACAUGGUCACCAAUAGUCAGCGUGGGAGAAAUUGUAACGAGAAACCAACAAAUGUCAGGAAAAGAAAAUUCAUUAACAGAGAUCUGGCUCAUGAUUCAGAAGAACUCUUUCAAGAUCUAAGUCAAUUACAAGAAACAUGGCUUGCAGAAGCUCAGGUACCUGACAAUGAUGAGCAGUUUGUACCAGACUAUCAGGCUGAAAGUUUGGCUUUUCAUGGCCUACCACUGAAAAUCAAGAAAGAACCCCAUAGUCCAUGUUCAGAAAUCGGCUCUGCCUGCAGUCAAGAACAGCCCUUUAAAUUCAGCUAUGGAGAAAAGUGCCUGUACAAUGUCAGUGCCUAUGAUCAGAAGCCACAAGUGGGAAUGAGGCCCUCCAACCCCCCAACACCAUCCAGCACGCCAGUGUCCCCACUGCAUCAUGCAUCUCCAAACUCAACUCAUACACCGAAACCUGACCGGGCCUUCCCAGCUCACCUCCCUCCAUCGCAGUCCAUACCAGAUAGCAGCUACCCCAUGGACCACAGAUUUCGCCGCCAGCUUUCUGAACCCUGUAACUCCUUUCCUCCUUUGCCGACAAUGCCAAGGGAAGGACGUCCUAUGUACCAACGCCAGAUGUCUGAGCCAAACAUCCCCUUCCCACCACAAGGCUUUAAGCAGGAGUACCACGACCCAGUGUAUGAACACAACACCAUGGUUGGCAGUGCGGCCAGCCAAAGCUUUCCCCCUCCUCUGAUGAUUAAACAGGAACCCAGAGAUUUUGCAUAUGACUCAGAAGUGCCUAGCUGCCACUCCAUUUAUAUGAGGCAAGAAGGCUUCCUGGCUCAUCCCAGCAGAACAGAAGGCUGUAUGUUUGAAAAGGGCCCCAGGCAGUUUUAUGAUGACACCUGUGUUGUCCCAGAAAAAUUCGAUGGAGACAUCAAACAAGAGCCAGGAAUGUAUCGGGAAGGACCCACAUACCAACGGCGAGGAUCACUUCAGCUCUGGCAGUUUUUGGUAGCUCUUCUGGAUGACCCUUCAAAUUCUCAUUUUAUUGCCUGGACUGGUCGAGGCAUGGAAUUUAAACUGAUUGAGCCUGAAGAGGUGGCCCGACGUUGGGGCAUUCAGAAAAACAGGCCAGCUAUGAACUAUGACAAACUUAGCCGUUCACUCCGCUAUUACUAUGAGAAAGGAAUUAUGCAAAAGGUGGCUGGAGAGAGAUAUGUCUACAAAUUUGUCUGUGAUCCAGAAGCGCUUUUCUCCAUGGCCUUUCCAGAUAAUCAGCGCCCACUGCUGAAGACAGACAUGGAACGUCACAUCAACGAGGAGGACACAGUGCCUCUAUCUCACUUUGAUGAGAGCAUGGCCUACAUGCCGGAAGGGGGCUGCUGCAACCCCCACCCCUACAACGAAGGCUACGUGUAUUAACACAAGUGACAGUCAAGCAGGGCGUUUUUGCGCUUUUCCUUUUUUCUGCAAGAUACAGAGAAUCGCUGAAUCUUUGUUUUAUUUCUGUUGUUUGUAUUUUAUUUUUAAAUAAUAAUACACAAAAAGGGGCUUUUCCUGUUGCAUUAUUCUAUGGUCUGCCAUGGACUGUGCACUUUAUUUGAGGGUGGGUGGGAGUAAGCUAAACAUUUGUUCUGUGUAACAGGAAGCUAAUGGGUGAAUGGGCAGAGGGAUUUGGGGAUUACUUUUUACUUAGGCUUGGGAUGGGGUCCUAUAAGUUUUGAGUAUGAUGAAACUAUAUCAUGUCUAUUUGAUUUCAUAACAACAUAAGAUAAUGUUUAUUUUAUCUGGGUAUCUAUGGUACAGUUAAUUUCACGUUGUGUAAAUAUCCACUUGGAGACUAUUUGCCUUGGGCAUUUUCCCCUGUCAUUUAUGAGUCUCUGCAGAUGUACAAAAAAACCCCAAUCUACUGUAAAUGGCAGUUUAAUUGUUAGAAAUGACUGUUUUUGCACCUCUUGUAAAAAGGUAUUUAGCGAUUGCAUUUGCUGUUUGUUGUUUUGUUUUGCUUUAUAUAUGACUUGCAGAGGAUAACCAUAAAAUGGGUAAUUCUCUCUGAAGUUGAAUAAUCACCAUGACUGUAAAUGAGGGGCACAAUUUUGGACUCUGGCUCCAAACUGAGUCAUAGGCCAGUAGCAUUACGUGUAUCUGGUGCCACCUUGCUGUUUAGAUACAAAUCAUACUGUCUUUUAAAUAUUUUGAAGCCCAUUUCAGUUAAAUAAUGACAUGUCAUGGUCCUUUGGAAUCUUCAUUUAAACGUUAAAUCUGGGAUCAAAAUGAAGCAAAAAAUAUCUGUCUCCUUUUCACUUUCUUCAGUACAUAAAUACAUUAUUUAAUCAAUAAGAAUUAACUGUACUAAAUCAUGUAUUAUGCUGUUCUAGUUACAGCAAACACUCUUUAAGAAAAAUAUCCAAUACACUAAAUAGGUACUAUAGUAAUUUUUAGACAUGGUACCCAUUGAUAUGCAUUUAAACCUUUUACUGCUGUGUUAUGUUGAUAACAUAUAUAAAUAUUAGAUAAUGCUAAUGCUUCUGCUGCUGUCUUUUCUGUAAUAUUCUCUUUCAUGCUGAAUUUACUAUGACCAUUUAUAAGCAGUGCAGUUAACUACAGAUAGCAUUUCAGGACAAAAUAGAUGACUCAAACCAUUUAUUGCUUAAAAAAUAGCUUACGCCAUGCUAUGCUAUAAGCAGCUUUUAUGCACAUUGACAAAUGAAGAGUAAGCUUCAGCUUGCUAAAGGAAACUGUGGAACCUUUUGUAACUUUUGGUGAUAUGGAAAAUUAUUUACAAACUGUCAAAGAAUAUGAGGAAGUUGCUGUAUGACAUAGUGCUGGCACUGAUAUCCAUCAUCUCUUUUUGGACACUUCUGUAAAUGUGAUUGGAUUGUUUGAAGGAAGAUUUAAAGUUUCAAAGUUUUUUGUUUAGUUUUUGUUUUGCAUUUGGAGAAAAUAUUGAAAGCAGGGUAUGCUGUUUCAUUCACCUUGAAAAAAACAUGAGUAAAUGGGGAUAUAGAAUCUCUGAAUAGCUUGCUAAAAGAUUGAAGCAAGGGACAUGAAUUUUGUUCCAUCUAUCAAUAAUAUCCAGAAGAACAACUUUUUUAACGAGUCUAUAGCAAAAAGCAAAAAAAAAAAAAAAAAAAAAAUUCUAAACACAAAGUCAAAAUAAACCUAUUGUAAAAGCAUUUUGUGAUGAGCAUGAGAAAGAUUGUUUAAAGAUGAUCCACCCAGCUACCCAUUUUCCAAAACUACACAGAUCACAGCUCAUUUCUCUAAGUGGAGCAGUUAUCGAGAAACCCAAACACCAAAAUUGCUACUCUUCACAUUUAAUCCUACAAAAAAUACUCCAAUUUCAAAAUAUGUAUGUAACAUGUGAUUUCAAUGAUUGUUGUUCAUAUACAUCAUGUAUUAUUUUGGCCCAUUAUGGGCCUAAAAAAGAAAACUAUGCCUUAAAAAUCAGAACCUUUUUCCCCCACUAUGCUUAUGUGGCCAUCUACAGCACUUAGAAUAAAAACAGAUGUUAAAAUAUUCAGUGAAAGUUUUAUUGGAAAAAGAAUUGAGAUAUAUAAUUGAGAUUUGGUGAAACUGAAGGAGAAAAUUUAAGUGAGUCUUUAAAAUAUAUUCUGAAUGAAAACUGUAUUGAGGAUUCAUUUUUGUUCCUUUUUUUUCUUUUUCUCUUUUCUCCUUUUUCUUCUUUUUAAUAGUCUCGUUUUAGUCAGUCAGCGAGGAAGAAUUGGGCCAUGCUAACGUUAUCACAAGAGAACAAUGGCAGAAAUGGUAUUAAUUAUAUAAUAUUUAAGGACAAACUAUAUGUUUUGCUGUUUUAACGUAGUGACUCACUGAACUAAAUACAUAAUUGACCAACAUUAAGUGUGUUUCCAAUACAGAAGGGUUGAAAAUAUUACAUUAUAAACUCUUUUGAAAAAUGUAUCUAAAAUUUUUUAAGUUCUGUUUUUAUUCCACUUUUUGGUUGAGUUUUUACGUUUUUAUUUUCAGGUAGAUUAAUAAAUCUGGCAGCUGAUUUCUGCAAGAUUCUUGUGUUUUGAAUUUCUCAUUGAAUUGGCUACUCAAACAUAGAAAUCAUUCAUUAAUGAUGUAAUGUCUUCUCUCAGCUUUUAUCUUCACUGCUGUUUGCUGUCUCUUGAUGAUGACACGUUAAUACCCAAUAGAUUAAUUGCAACAAACACUUAUACUCAAAUAACUAAGUAAAAAUAAUUUUUCUUGUUAUGUCCAUGAAAAGUGCUUCAAAAUAAAAAUCCACAAGGCUGACAGUGCAGAACAUUUUUCUCAAAUCAUAGGUGGAUCUUGGAGGUCUAGUUUCCCAUAGAUGCUGUAACCAAUUACCACAGCUUCAGUAAUUUACACAAAUUUAUCUUAUAGUUCUGGAGGCAGAAGUUCAAAAGAAGCCUUCAGAGACUAAAACCAAGAUGUCCUUAGGUCUGGUUCCUUCUGGAGGCUCCAGGGGAGAUUCUUCCAGCUUUCACUUCUAGAGUCUGCUGACAUUCCUUGACUCCUGGCUACAUCACUUCAAUCUCUGCUUCCAUGGUCACAUACUCUUCUACUAUAGUCAAAUUUCCUUCCUGCCUCUUAUAAGGAUGCUUGUGAUUACAUUUAGGGGAUGCUCAGAUAAUCCAGGACAAUCUCUCCAUCUCAAGAUCCUUAACUUAAGGACGUGUGCCAAGUCCUUUUGGCUAGAUAAUUAUUCAUAGGUCCCAGGGAUUAGGACAUGGAUAUAAGGGGUGAGGGCAGGGCUGUUAUUCAAAACACCACACGGAGGAGGAAGACUGUGUAGCAAAGACUCUAAUUGAUUUACUCAGGAACAAUGGAGUUCUGCUGAGGGAUCUAGGAUUUGAAAGUACUAGAGUUUGUUUUUAUUUACCACUGAGAUAUUUUCCCCUUAUUCUGCAUAAAUGAUUUUGAAAACUUGCUAUAUUAAAGUUCAUCUAUUCCACUAAAAUGUCUGGUAAUCACAUCAAGCCUUUAGAUUAUUCAAAUCCUUCCCCAGCCCCCAGGAAAACACUAAGUCAUGAGACAGAAAAACAGAAGGUAUGAUAAUAAUAGUAAUAACAGUUAAAUCAGUGGUCUAAUCCAGAUUUUAUUUUUUAAUACAUUUCUUUUGGUGUUAAUAUGGGUUACUAUGUGAUCUUAUCAUUUGCUAGUGAUUAUUACUUAUUAGGUAAGAACAAUGUGUAAAAUAUGUCUAUUACUCAAAAGAACAAUUGUAAAAAUGAGUCAACUUAUCUUUAUAUAACCAGGAAAUAAAUAUAUUGCCAGAAGCUACAGAAUUUUGCCAGAUGAUAGGGGUUUCUAAAAUGAGCCACUUUGUCUAUCAUGCAGCCUUUUCAGAGCUUAUAAUGAGAAAACAUUACAGAGGAGAAGGUCAUUUGGAUGUUUAUUACUUGGAAUCCUAGAAAACAAAAACUAAAAUUUAAAAAUAAGAGGUGAGUAAGCUAUUUUCCAGUUGCAAUUCAGUAUGGAGAAGAGAGGAAAUAGAAUUGUAAAAAAAAUACAAAUUGGGUAAAAGUGAUGGUGGAAAAAAUAUAAAGAAGGCAAAUGUACAUAUUAAGCAAUUCUACUAAGAAUUGCAAAAACCAAGUUUCAAAAAGAUGGUAAUAGUUGGACAUGAUAGUAGAAAAUUUCACCCAGUUUUUUCAGAGCUCAACUAGUACUUUUAGGACUUCUUUUUUUAUAUACGUGAGACUCACUUUGACAUACUUAAAAAAAAAAACAGUUUAUGGAAAGUAUAGUUUAAGAGGAGAAUUUGAUUAGACUAAGUGGAUAUCUUUAUAGAAAUAUUAAUGAUUUCAGAAUUUUCAAUUAAAAGUGUAUAUACCGUAGCUAUUGUUUAUGGAUUCAUAUGUAAGGUAGGGUCUUUUUUGCAUAUAGACUCCAAUAUUAUUUACUUUCAUUCUAAAAUUAUAUUUAUGCUUCUAUAGGGAAGAAAAUUUUUAAUUCACUUGGUUGUAUUAAAAUUAUGGUUUGAGAAAACAUGCUAUGAAAAUCGUGAUUAUAGCAAAUUAAAUAUGCUCAAAAUUUAAAUCUAAAAUAAAAGCCCAGAAACUGAAAA